AUGUCUCCUGCUAAGUUUCCCCGCAUUAAAGAAGUCACAACCUUCCUCAUCGAUGGCGUCGGCUCUGGGGGUGACUACCACAAUGUGGCCGGUGGUCAUUGGCUGGUAGACAGUUCCAUCUCAACUCCAAUGGCACGAUGGGAACAAUAUCGAGCUUCGAGGACCAGCUGGGGAAUCAACGUCCUGGGCUCUUUCUGUGUCCAGAUUGAGGCCACCGACGGCACCAAGGGCUUUGCAACCGGGUUCGGAGGUCCUCCAGCUUGCUGGCUGGUCCACAAGCAUUUUGAGCGUUUCCUCGUCGGAGCAGACCCCCGCGACACAAACAACCUAUUCGAGAAGAUGUACCGUGCAUCUAUGUUCUAUGGACGCAAAGGCCUUCCCGUCGCCGUUAUCUCUGUUAUCGACCUGGCUCUCUGGGAUCUGCUGGGCAAGAUCCGCAAUGAACCUGUCUACAAGCUGAUCGGUGGCGCUACGCGUGAGCGACUGCACUUUUACUGCACAGGCCCUGAGCCUGCCUAUGCAAAGAGUAUGGGCUUUACUGCAGCAAAGGUGGCUCUUCCAUACGGACCAGACGAGGGAAUUGAUGGCCUUCUGCGCAAUGUGGAAUAUCUCCGCAAACACAGAGAGAGCGUUGGGCCUGACUUCCCCCUGCGUGUCGACUGCUACAUGUCUCUGAACGUGCCCUAUACAAUUCAGCUGGUCAAGAGAUGCGAACAAGAAGGAAUCAACAUCGACUGGUGGGAGGAGUGCCUGACCCCAGAUGACUUUGACGGCCACGCCCUUCUGAAACAGGCUCAUCCCACGGUGAAAUUUACCACCGGAGAGCAUGAGUACUCUAGAUACGGAUUCCGGAAACUCAUUGAAGGCCGUAACCUGGAUAUUCUACAGCCAGACGUUAUGUGGGUAGGCGGUAUGACAGAGUUGCUCAAGAUCUCCGCAAUGGCUGCUGCCUAUGAUAUCCCCGUCGUUCCCCAUGCUUCAGGGCCCUACUCAUACCACUUCGUCGUCUCUCAGCCCAACUCUCCGUUUCAGGAGUAUCUUGCCAACUCCCCUGAUGGAAAGAGUGUGAAGGCCGUGUUCGGAGAUCUUUUUCUCAACGAACCUAUUCCCACGCGUGGUUAUCUUGAUGUGUCAGAUCUAGACAAGCCGGGUUUCGGCCUGGAGCUUAACCCUGCUGCUCGACUUCUGCCUGCGGCUUCCAUUCUGAACCCUGCCCCUCAGAAAAGCCUCACUCUGUCCGCUGAGAAUGCGGACCAAGUAAACGGCACACCCAACUAG